AUGGUGACUGGAACCCAAACUAAACUGACAUCAUAUCCUGAGUUAAAAGAUGGGCCUCGAAUGAAGAAGUGCUUUAUUUUAAGUACAAUAGUUUGUUUAUCUAUCUAUCGCGGUUUAUUCUUAUAUAUCUAUCUUUCUAUCUAUCUCGGUUUAUUCAUGUCUAUCUAUCUUUCUUUCUUUCUUUUUAUCUAUCUAUCUAUCUAUCUCCUUUUCUUAUCCAUCUCAAAUUAUUCGUAUCAUUCUCUCUUCUUUUACCGUCUUCUUCAUUCUCUCUUUUCUCCCCGGUCUGUCCAUUCUCUCUUCUUUUCACGGCCUGAUCAUUCUAUCUUUUUUUUUUUUCUCGGCCUUUUCUAUAUCUCUUUUUUCACGGCAUGUUCAUUAGCACAUUUUCCUGGUCACAUUUUCUUUCUUCUUUCCCUGGUCUGUCCAUUCCCCCGACCACUUCUAUAUCUCUCUUUUUUUCAUUUGUUCAUUUCUCCCUUCUUUUUCAGGUUUGUUCAUUUUCUCUUCUUUUCUCGGCCUGUUCAUCAUUCCCUUCUUUUCUCGGCCUAUUCGUUCUCUCUUUUUUUUCUAGGCCUAUUCGUUCUCUCUUUUUUCCCCGUCUGUUCAUUCUCUCUCUUUUCCCUGUUUGUUCAUUCCCUAUUCUUUUUCUCGUCUGUUCAUUCUCUCUUAUUUUCCGUUCUGUUCAUUCUCUAUUCUUUUCCUCGUCUAUUCGUUAUCUAUCCGAAAUGUUUGUAUCAUACCCAUAUCUAUCUAUCUAUCUAUCUAUCUAUCUAUGGCAUCUUUUAUAUUGAUAUAAAAUUUUGGUUUCUAUCUAUCUAUCUAUCUAUCUAUCUAUAA